CCAACUCUUUGGGUUACCACAUGGCUGUACUUUUACAUCUGCUUCUUCUUUCCGCUGUCAAAAGCGCAAUUGGAGCGGCUGGAGCAAUCUCUGCAAAAGAUGUGAUUGAUAGGAGCAAACCAGAAAGGGAGACUGUUCUUACCUCCGCUGAUUUCCAGAGAUUCUCUUCACUGAAUGAUAUCACUAAGAUAGGUAAAGAUCCUCCCAGCAAAUUGAGACUUAGGGUAAGGAAGAGCACUUGUUCAGGAAUCAAAGUGAAGGACGAUCCAACAAUGGGUAACAAAAUGGAAGGAGAUAUUGCUAUAGAAGAUUUGAAGAAGUUUGUUGAAGAUAGUAACAAAUUGGGCAGAAACGCAAUUCGGCAAGCUUACAGACGAUGGCCAAAUGGGGAGAUUCCUUACACAUUGUCAUCGCAGUAUGGCUCAUACUCGAGAUCGGUGAUAGCAAAAGCUAUGCAGGAAUACCACGAUAAGACAUGCGUACGUUUUGUUCCACGUGAUCCUAUCAAACAUGUUGAUUAUAUUUAUAUUCAUCCUGAUGAUGGAUGUUACAGUUUGGUUGGCAAAACGGGUGGGCGACAACCACUUUCCUUAGACUCUGGAUGCAUUCAAGUGGGUACCAUUGUUCAUGAGCUCAUGCAUGCAGUUGGCUUUUUCCAUGAACAAAGCAGUUCACACUUUACACCAUAUGGCAAUGUCCCUUUAGAGAAUUUACCUAACAAACUGAAAUGGAUCCCUGAUAUUGGCCCACUUCUUCAAAGCUAACU